AGAGAGAGAAAGCGAGGAGUGAGAGAGAAUGUGUGUUUUAUGUGCAUUGGAUCCUUCGCCGAAGUGGGUAUGAAAACCUCCACCUUCUCUCUCUUUCUUUCAUCAUCCAAAACAUUGGAAAAGCUGAAAAUCCAAAGAAAUUGAUUACUAAACAAAUAAAAAAGAUAGUGAGUUGAUGAUUAUAUUCUUGACACACCAGCAAUUCUAUAUCACCCCUCUCCUCUCCUACCCAUCUCUCUGUCAGUUUCUCGACCCUACCUUUCAUUUCACGCUUCUUGUUCUUAUUCUCUGUUUGUUUCCACAGAUCUUUAUUCCUUUCCAAUUUUCUCUACAUGAAUUUACUUUCCUUCAUGGGUACAUCUGAUUGUGGGUUGUUUUUCUCCGACAAGGAUUCAAAUUCCAUGGAAUUCAAUUCCAUUUCAAAACCCGCGUCAGAAUUUCAAGAAAAGACUCAUACUCAUGAUGAUCAUCAGCUUCAAGAACAACAAGGAGAACAAGAAGUGAAAGGUGAGAUUUCAGUUUCUUGUUUAAAAAUCAAGACACCAUCUCUCGGAGAAUUUAAGGAUGAGGAGGAGGAGGAGGAAGGGUGUAGAACUCCAACUUGUUUGGAUCAGAUAAUUCCAUUGGUCCCCCAAUGCCCACCUGCACCAAGAAAGCCCAAGAAAAUGCUAUUGAUGAAGAGAAAAGCGGCUUCUCGGCGAACCCUGCUUGAUCUGUCUAGUGAGGUUGAGGCAUUGUUUCCUCCAUCUCUUCUUGUGAAUCUUGGUGGUAAAAUCAAGAAAGUUAGAACAGAAAAUUCCACCAAAUGAAUGUUAUUAUGUAUGGUUUUAUAUUAUUUAUGUAUAAGCGAAUUUUGUGGAUUGUUGAGUGGAUAUUUCUACCGAAAAUUCACUCCUUCUAUGCCAAUAUUGUUGUCAUUAGUGCUACUAUGUAUAAUAUUUUUUCAUAAUUUUUAUAUAAAAUUUUCAAUCUGAUAUGAUAGUAAUAUUUUUAAAAUACUAAGUCGCUUUGAUUGGCCAUUUGUUAUGAAAUGGAAGGAUUGAAAUC